UUUCUCUUUCCCUUAUGACUAGGUCACUCGACAAAAGCAGUGGGGUUUUAUCUAAUAUUGAUCUAGAGAACCCAGUCACCUCUUUAGAUAUCAGUCGUAGAAGAUUAUUUGCCAUUAUUGCCUCAUUAUGCGUUGUCUCUUUUAUAGCCGCAUUUGAUAAUAUUAUUGUAGCCAGUAAUACACCCUUAAUUGCUACUGAAUUCAAUGGAUUUGGAUUAUACAACUGGGUCAACACGGCUUUUCUUUUGACUGCUUCUACGUCGCAACCCAUGUAUGGAAAAUGUGCAGACAUGUUUGGCAGAAGAAUAUGUUUCUUGUUUGCAACUGCAAGUUAUCUGUUUGGAUCUGUAUUGUGUAGUGCAGCUCAAUCCAUGGUUAUGUUGAUCGCUGCUCGCGCAUUAUGUGGUUUGGGCAUUGGCGCAUUUGAUACACUUAUGAAGAUUGUGGUUGCAGACUAUAUUCCGGUGCGUUAUAUUGGCAUGUAUCAAUCAUUUUUAGGCAUUUCCUGGGGAUUGGGUUAUGUCGUAGGAGCACUUGUUGGUGGUGUGGCAGCAACAAAUUCUGGUUGGAGAUCUGUAUUUUGGAUGGCACUUGGAUUUUGCGUAGUGGCACUUGUUUUGAUCUUUUUUGCUAUUGAAGGGCCUGGUGAUUAUGACAAGAAACCCACUCAAUUGGGUCAAAUUGAUCUUGUAGGCAUCCUAGCAUGGACUGUAGGUGUCGUCUGUCUUGUCCUUGGACUGAGUUGGGGUGGCACCACUUAUCCUUGGCAUUCUGCUACCAUUGUUGCUCUCUUGUGUGUUGCCGGUGUUUUGUUGGUCUUCUUUGGCUUUUAUGAGCACAGUAUGGCUCAAGAUCCAAUGAUUCCUCGAGGCAUCUUUACCAAUCGUAGUACUCUAUUAAUUCUGAUUGCAGCUUUUUGUUAUGGUGGAUGUUUCCAAUCACUCAUGACGUAUGUACCUCUCUAUUUAUCUGUGAUUCGGAAAGAAGACGCCAUGGCUAGCAAUUUGGAAUUGUUGUGCCUUGUGUUGUUUGCCUGUAUUUUCAAUGUAUUGACAGGCCUGGUGAUUGUCAAGAGUGGAAAAUACACAUGGGCUUCUCGUCUGUCUUUAUCUGUACUUGUGCUUGCUUGUGGUCUGCUGAACUUGUUAGAUGUACAAUCAAGCCGUGGUUUAAUUAUCGGAUUGAUGAUUGUGACUGGUAUUGGUAGUGGUGGCAUGAUCAAUAGUGAGAUCAUUACAGCACAAGCAUCGGUUGCUAUUGAACAUGUGCCUACCAUUGUUGCUUUUAUGACAUUUUGUGAUCAAGUAGGCGGUAUUACUGGCAUUACUUCGCAAGGCAGUAUUCUGUCAAACACAUUGAGCACCCGACUCUACGCUCUCAACUUACCUGAUGUCAACCCUGAACUGGUUCGACAGAGUUCUUCUUAUCUUUGGAGUUUACCAGAACCAACACAGACAAUUGUGACUCAAGUAUAUUUAGAGGCUGUCAAAAUGUCCUUUUGGGGAUCCUUUGGUUUUGCUGCAGUUGGAUUCGUGGCUUCUUUGGGUUUAAAGGCUUAUGUGCUCAGAAAAGACAUGAAUAAUAUAUAGAGACUCUUGUAGACUAAUACCCUUAUACCAACAUAUCAUGAUGCAUAAAUAUUUUAAUAAAAAAGCGUGAAUCUGACUGGAUCACAAUAGCCUUUUCUGAGUUUCAAGCAUUAAAAUCAGGAUCCCCCCUUAAUUCUGACCCUCUAUUAAUAGAAGGUACUUUGAUCACGUGAAUCGUAAUGACC